AUGUUGCCCAAAGACGACGUUCAGCCUAGUAUGGUCCUCGAUCAUGAGAUCUUGGGCGAGAAGGCCGAUAUCUCGCACGAGGAGGCCAUGCAUUUUGGCGUCCUUACGCCCGAAGAGCUUGUCACCGAGAAGAGACUGCGAAGGAAAAUCGACUCCUUGAUCAUGCCGAUGGUUGUUGCAGUUUAUCUGAUGAAUUAUAUUGAUCGCAACAACUACGCAGCAGCUCGUCUUCAGGGCCUCGAAGAAGACCUCAAUUUGACUGCUUCUCAGUAUCAGCUGGGUCUGUCGAUCUUGUUCGUGGGCUACAUCCUUGGCCAGGUGCCUUCCAACCUUUUGCUCAACCAUUUCGGACGACCAUCGCUUUACUUGUCCUUCUUCACGGUUGCUUGGGGACUCGUCUCGGCUCUGACCUGCCUUUGCCACAAUUUCACCGGCAUUGUCAUUUGCCGAUUUGUCCUUGGUCUCGUUGAGGCCCCUUUCUUCCCUGGCGUUCUGUUCUACCUGUCCAAAUGGUAUACUAAAGAGGAACUCAACCUUCGCAUGUCGAUCUUCUAUUCUGGCAGUUUAGUGUCGGGCGCUUUUGGCAAUCUGAUCGCUGCUGGUAUUCUUAACGGCCUUGGCCACGCUCGAGGUCUGUCCCCAUGGCAGUGGUUGUACAUCAUCGAGGGUGCGAUCACGGUCACCAUUGGCAUCUUGGUUGGCCUAAUUCUCCCCGACUUCCCGCAGACAUGGAAGCGGCUGUCACCCGAGCUCAAGCACGUUGCCGAGCGCCGCCUCGCCAUCGAGGCUGCUGAGGCCGAUCAAGAUGAGGCGGGAGGCAUGUCUCAAAUCCGUGGCCUCAAGCUUGCAUUCAGCGACGUCACCACUUACAUUCUUGCGGCUGCGUAUAUGGCUACUGUCGGUGCAGCUGGCUUUCAAAACUUUUUCCCAACACUCACUGCCACCCUGGGUUAUAGCCGCACCAUCUCACUCCUCCUCUGCGCCCCGCCUUACAUCUUCAUCACAUUCUGGGCUCUCGCCCAUAGCUGGUACAGUGACAAACUCAAGAACCGCUUCUGGUUCUUCAUGUACCCAAUUCCCAUCACGAUCAUUGGCUUCGUUGUUUUCAUGGCCACUGACAACUUUGGCGCCAAAUAUUUCUCCCUCUUCCUGAUGUGUUUCAUCUUCAGCAUGAACGGCACAACCUAUGCAUGGAUCGCAGGCGCCAUUCCAAGACCGCCCGCCAAACGUGCCGCCGCAUUUGCUUUCAUUAAUUCUAUGGGUAACAGCGCCUCCAUCUGGACACCAUUCACCUACCGACCACAAGACCAGCCGCACUAUCGACCCGCACUUGGUAUCAAUAUUGCACUCCAGAUCAUCGCGGCUCUGUGCGGUCUGUGGCUCUACUGGGUGCUCACGCAACGCAACAAGCGGCUAGAGCGCAUGGAGAACGAGGAUGUACCCUUGAGCGAGAAGGACAUGGCUCGCCUGCGGAAGACGGCCGAGGUCGAGGGUAUCGAUAUCGCUGCUGCGAGACGCCUGCAGAAGGGCUACCGCUUUAUGAUCUAG